AUGAUGGACACAACCUCUGAGCUGAACACUAGUUUCUCCCACACCGACUUCCUACUCAUGGGAUUCCCUGGGAUAGCAGUCUCCAGGCCUAUUCUGGUUAUCCCAUUCCUUUUCAUAUACAUAGGCAUUCUGAUGGGAAACUCUCUCCUCAUGUACAGGAUCUGGGUGGAACCGAGCCUUCAGUAUCCCAUGUAUUGGCUCAUCUCACUUCUAUUUGCCGUCAACUUGUCCUGCACCACCUCCAUCAUGCCAAAGUUCCUGUUGGGUCUUGCCUUUGGCCUGAAUCAUAUUUCCUUGAGUGGCUGUCUCAUUCAGAUGUACCUCAUCUACUCGGCAAUAGUGUUUGAGUCUGCACUAGUCUUGAUAAUGGCCUUGGACAGGUUUGUAGCCAUCUGCCGGCCGCUGCACUACCACGCCAUCAUGACCAAACAUCUACUGAUGUGGCUGAACGUCAUCAACGUGGCUCGAGUCCUCUUGCUUGUGUCUCCCAUAGUUGUUUCCUUCAUGAAGGUCCCAUUCUGCAGGUCCAACACUAUCCUGAGCUUUGCUUGUGAGAACAUGGGAUUGUUGAGCUUGGGCUGUGGAGACAUCUCUAAACUGCAAGUUAUUGGACUGAUCGUUCGGAUCUUGGUCUCGGUGGUGGAUGGAGGAAUCCUCUUUAUUUCCUACAUUAAAAUCCUCUACACGGCAAUGAAACUGGUCUCAGGGAAAGCCCACAAUAAAGCUCUGAGCACCUGUGGACACACCUGA